AUGUCUAUACUUGUAUGGAUGUACUAUUUUGUUUUCUUGAUACUUGAAACAGAAUCGUAUAUAUGCCCAUCUGGGUGUAAGACCCCUUGUACUAGUGAUUACACAUGCAGGGAAUGUGAACCAGAAUUUGAUAAUGACAACACGUGUCUCCAUUGUGCUUUUGUCGACAGUCAGACUGUUGUAGCUUACUUACCACAGAACGACACAUGUCUUUCGACUACAAACCAAAUAGUGAAACCGCCAGGAGAGUUCAUUCCAAGUGAUGAAUAUAUCAUUCCAAUGGAAGAGGGUGUUAUGUAUCCAUUCACAAUAGACUUUACCUCAAAGGUGGAUUACAGUUUUUGUUACUUUAGACAAAAGUUUAGACUGGGACAGUGGUUCAAAAUCGAUUUGAGUAAAGUCACAAAGGAUUACGUCAUGAUUAACUUCAAAAAGGAGACAACGAAGACAUCAAAUGUAUAUGUAGAUAUCACCAAUGAAAAACAGGGCUCGCAGAACCAAGUGUGCUUCGCUCAUACAUACUUGGAUGAAAGUACUGUGAACUACGACUUCCAGAUUCCUGUUGCAAAAGCGGCUGGAGACUUAAAUCCGGCGUUCUAUAUAUUUGUUAGUGUCAAAGGUAACGAAGGAAUUUCACUUUCAACUGUUUUUACUUCAAUCGACAAACAGACAACUCCUGUGGAGUUUGUGUUAGACCAAGAGAAGGCAGAUGCGUUGGCAAAAGACUUGACCUCUGAGAUCUUUUGGGAGGUCCCUUUUGAGCAGAAAGGAAUAAUCACUAUCCCUGUUUGCUUUAGUACUAAUUACGCAAAGGAUAUCCUUUUCACGGUUCAAUUUAAAGGAGACUAUUAUAUUCUAAUAGACUCUACAGUCCAAAACCGAGUCAACUAUCUUCAAGAAAUAGGUACAGUAACAGACGAUAAAGGGGUGACCAAACCAUCUUGUGUGCAAGCGUGGGAUGGCUACAAUCAUGGUGUUUUAUCUGAUGAGACUAAUGUUGGGAGUUUAGCUAUGAUAAAAGGAAACAAUGACACUCUACGUCACUUUUCUAUAGUUUCUCAUGAUCAAAAAGCUUCUAUAACUGUUAGCUUCAAAGCUAUUUGUCCUAAAAACUGCAAUUUUGAAAAUGGAUUUGGAGCGUGUAGCACUAUUGCUGGAGGUUGUGUAUGUAAAGAUGGAUAUGGGGGAGAUGACUGUCACCUCAAAUGUUAUUACAAAGGCGUAUGGAACGUUGAUAGUGCCGGAAAGUGCUUGUUUGGAAGUGCCAAUUGUGACCAAUAUUGUCAAUGUAGUAAUGGCGCAACACUUACAAAAGAUAACUUAUGUGUGACUCAACAGUGCUUAUCUGGGGGCCCAGGUGAUUUACAGUGUUAUAGAAAUAGUGAGGGAUGUCAUGAGAGUUGUCAGUGUUUUAUUAAUUAUGGAUACCACGUCACAGAAGAGCAUUAUUGUAAGAAUAUUUUGUGUGGAAAUAACAAGUCGGAUAUAUAUUAUGACGAUAAAGGCAAUUUUAUAAGAGAAGAAGACUGUGAUGGUGGACUUAAUUGUGACAAUUACUGUAGAUGUGUGGAAGGGUAUAUUCCCGAUCCAAAUGACAAACUUUCUUGUAUAAAAAAGACAAUAACCUCAGGAGCAAUAGCUGGGUUAGUCAUUGGAUGUGUUGCUGGAGUUGUUAUUGUUAGUGUUAUUCUCUUUUUAAUCAUCUUCUUUGGGUUAACACACAAGAAGAUAGAUAUUGAUACAUUCAAACAUGCGCAGCCAUGUUAUCACUUUUAUAUCAAUGGGUCUGUCAGAGGAGCGCCUUCAAAACAGACCAAAUACUAUAUCAAUCCAAUUGAAUUGGACUACGGCAACACAACAGUGUCGACUGCUAUUUUCGAUACUCGCUUUGAGAAGAUGGAGGUCAAAAAUUAUAGUAAGAACAAAUAUAUGAUGAUCAUAUUCCACACUCCUAUAUGCCCAAAAUAUGUCUUUUACUUCGACCCACAAGUCUUGAUAAUUCCACCAAGAAGAACCGACAGAGAAAUCACAUCAUAUUGCACGUUACACUGCACAACACGAUUAAGAGGGUUGAAGAUCCCAUACACCGUGUGGUUUUCAAAGAGUCGAAAACCACUUGUCCAAGUCUCCGAGUUACUUAAAGGCAAGAACUUCGAUACUUGGACAAACGACAAUCAACAACAAAUGGAAAAGUUGUCGAAACAAAUGUGUCUGAGGCUGCACCACCAAGUCACAAUAACUACAGAUGCUGCAAGUUCCACACAUAUCGACAUGGACGAACUCAACAUGUCAGAAAAACCAAUAGCGGAAGGUGCGAUGGGUAAAGUGUAUAUAGGGAGUUACAGGAGUGUCCCCGUCGCUAUCAAACAAUUCAAGUGGGACAAUUUGAACGACGAGGAAAUUAAAGAAUUGAAGAAAGAAGUGAUGGCGGAGUGUGAGAUUAUGGGACGACUACGUAACCCUUUUGUAGCCGGGUACAUGGGAUCCGUCACAUAUUUGCCACAAGUGUCUAUGGUGAUUCAAUUCUUUGUUUUGGGGUCUUUAGGGGAGUAUCUGAGACAAGACAAAGAAGACUACAUGAAGUUUUCAUACAAACUGAAGGUAAGGCUUUUGUUUGAUACAGCACGUGGAAUGCAAUUUUUACAUGAAAACAAAAUCAUGCAUCUCGACUUAAAACCAGACAAUUUGUUAAUGAAUUCAUUCGACCCAAACAGUGCCUGCACAGUCAAAAUCACCGACUUUGGGACGUCAAGAUUCACCAAGAAAACUAUUAAGAAUCAGGACGAUAAAGGACUUGGAACACCAAUUUACGCCGCACCAGAAACGUAUAAAGAUGAAUAUACAUUUGCAGGAGAUGUGUACUCCUUCGGUAUCACUGCUUGGGAAAUCUUCUACCAAGAAGAGCCUUUCAAAGGGUUCAAAUCUAUUUUUGAAAUCAAACAACACGUCCUUGGAGGAAAGCGUUUAGCAAUGGACAAGACGGUGCCGUACUUCUAUGAAACACUCAUAGAAGAUUGCUGGAAACAGGAGCCAAGUGCAAGACCAAGUUUUGAUCAAGUCUCGAAAAAGAUUGUGAAGAUAGAUGACGAUGUGUCGAACCACACCGAUCUGGAUAGUGGGUAUACACUUGAAAAAGUCGAAGAAACAAGCAACAAGAGGUAUUUGAAAAUGCAGAAGCAACUGAGUGAUUUGAGCAGAGACUAA